GAACGUUAGAGUCCCAGAAUGGUUUGGGUGGAAUGGUAACCGCACGCUUCGAGGUGGGAGAUGGGAUGGCUCGCUUGUACCUUUGGUGGUGAUGAGUACGGGACUCAAGGCAGGAACAGCUCCUUAUACCAUACCACGGGUUUAAUGUGUUCAGUUUUGCUAUGACCGCCGACUGGUCACGAAAUACCUUGACACAGACUUUCAACGUUCAACUUUACAUUCCGCCACGGUAUCCGAGAAUAUACAAAGGAUAACACGAUGGACUUCCGCACGUUUGUUAUGGUACUUCUGUGCGCAUCUUCGUUCGCCGAGGAUCAACACGAGCCGAAACAGACGAAGUUACCGAACAGCAGUGACUCCUCGACGGAAUCGGACGAACCGCCGGAAGGAUAUUACGCGUUCAUCAAGUCGCCGAACGCGGAACCGCCUAAAGUGAGACCACCGCCUUAUAUAGACAGCGACAAAGAAUGUUACGAUUCUGGCAAACAGGGCAAAGGUUUCGUGUCUAUACACAAUAUUUGCGGCGAUCUCAACAAAGGUUACAUUCCGCGAAAUCCUAUGAAGCAAUACUUUAAUGGCUCCUCCUACCCCUUUGCUUUAUUGAAGAAUCACACGCUGAGAUUUCUUAGCAAAGCUUUGCCCAUACUCAAGGCCGACGACUCUCUGCCAAAAGUCGCUACCGUUCAAUCUUUCUCGCAAAAUUCCGUCGACACCGACGAGAAACGAAGCAGAAACAAAAGAUCCUCUGAUUCGGAAGUCAAUUUAGACCCGCCUAGAAAUGGUCGAAAGUUCUGCGAAAAUGGAGAAGGAGUGGUCUGCAUGCUGUACAAGGCCAUACAAGGAGAACCUCUGGCCACUUCGGCGGCGGAACGGCGGGACGAGCCUUCCACCCCUGAGUACAGGCAACGCGUGCAAACACAGGAGAAACCAGAGUACACCGGUCCUCCCACUCCUUGCCCGGCCAAAGUGGAAUACGCGACGCCAGUUUUCGCGAAGAAUUACCAAGGAGUAUGGCGUUACGUAGUCCAAAUACCAUACGAAGGUUAUUUCACGCAGACAAUUGAAGUCACCAGAUGCAUGCAAUCAAGGUGCCACUACCUGGAUGGUGGUUGUCUAUCGUCGCCGAGAUGGACUAGUCUACUGGUGGCGGAAAUCUUUUAUCCGGACACGAUCCUAGACGAGAAUCAGAAUUCCCGAUUGAACGGACUCAGGGAUCCGGCUGGUUCACCACCUCCGGUUCACGAUUUUCAAAAUUAUCAGCAAUACUUGCAGAAACGUGCCGGCGAAAAUGAAGCUCGUAACAAUGCUGGGUCCCAGCAACAUCAUUGCGACGGAGUCGACGAGAUGGGUUGUUUUCAGGUGAGAUUGUACUACGAUUGGUUCCUGGUGCCAGGCAGUUGCAAGUGUUGGCGUCCCGACUACUUCAAUCGAUACGUUCGUCGGAGUGGAUCGAACGUUGAAUUGUGAUCGAACCAGAUCGAACUUCGGAAACGAAGCAAAGGAGCGACGAAAGAAACACGUCCUUGAUCGCGCGUUAAAAUUAAAGGCUAACCUUGAUAUCGAUCUGUUGCUAAAAUUUCAAUGAAAUUGCAAAUCGAUAAGGCAAGGGGCCCAUCGUACGAAAGCCAUUCCGUUUCAAAUAUUGGAUCAUGUUUUACUGAUAAGACUAGAGUUUUUGAGAGAUGAUGCAGUUAGAUAAGAUAAGUCGGUAUCAUGGCGUGCGAUUAACACACUAGCUUUAAUUGGGGUACUUUAUUGCUUUGAGAUUGCAACAUUGUGCACCUUAAGACUGACAGAGUACCGCCGUCGUAAUUUGUUGCACCUCGAGAUGCAUAACGACGAACGGCGUUACUAAGCACUUUUCAUUUUUAAUAAAUAAUAUUUUAUAUUUGUACAUAUGUACGUGCAAUCGAAGCAUACAUUCAUUCCACAGAAUAUUAUUAUAUGUAUCAUUAUAUUGCCACUUUUAUUAAUUUUAUCGUUAUUUAUAUUUAGUUAAAAAAAAAUUACUCUAUUAAAUAUACUAUUCUUAAGUUUUAACUACAAUGAUGGAAGGUUGUAUAUGACGUAUAUAAACAAUUAAAACUCGUAUCUCAGGGCA